GGCGUGCAACACCAAAUCACAUCGCAGACGCCGAGUACGGUACCGGGACUUCAGAAACGACCAGAGCACAUGUGCCUUUUUGAACUCGUCUGGUCACCGGCCACUUGAGAUACUCCUAGUCUAUCGGCAGUUGCGCGGUGGAAACGCAUCGUCAGUGCAUCGAUUCCCCAGCGGCAGACUGAGGCUGCGGGCCUACUCGAAGCUGCAACUGACUCCAAGCGGCAGGCUACCCAGGAUCAACUUUCACACAAGCACACAGGGUGGCUCUAGAGGCGCAGACGUCACCAGGACGCCGUAAUGUUCAUAUUAACCAAGAUCGCCGACUUGGUGCAGAUCAAGCCCUCCGAGUUCUCAAAGGCCAGCCGCGUCGCCAUCGAGGACAACAUCAACGCAAAGUACGCCAACAGGGUCAUCCAGAAGAUUGGCCUCUGUAUAUGUAUGUACGACCUGCUCUGGGCCUCGGAGGGGCUUAUCGGCCACGGCACGGGCAUGGUCAACGUCAAUGUUGAGUUCCGUCUCAUGGUCUUCAGACCCUUCAAGGGCGAGACGCUGCUCGGCAAGAUCAGCAGCGCCACGCCAGAGGGCAUUCAUGUCCGCACGGAGUUCUUUGAAGAGAUAUUCGUGCCAUACAAGGAGUUGCCGGAGAACACGGAGUUUGAUCACAAUGAGCAGGCGUGGACAUGGAUCGUUGACGAGGAGCGCAUGUACUAUGACAAGAACGAAAUGGUGCGGUUACAGGUGAUUGACGAGGCGUGGAACGACCAGAUCCCUGAUAGUGCUGAGCAGGAGGCCGUCGACAAAGCCAAGAAGGUCUCUCCCUACAGCGUUACGGGCAGCAUGCUCAAAGAAGGUCUCGGCGUGUGUCUUUGGUGGGAAUGAGAGAGAUAUUGACGACAAGGUGUUUGGUUGUGUGGGAAACUUUAGAAACAUAUGCAUGAUAUGGCGUUCACGGUUAAGGAGUAGCCACAUAUUCGCACAAGGCUUCCCUGGAAUAUACUUCUAUUGACGUUUCGCGC